AUUAUCAAAGCUCCGUGCUCUGGUCUUUUAACAGCACGAGAACAGUGAAUUGUAGGCACGCCUCAAUCGACACAAGGCAUUGGCUUCAUGACAAAGCAAGGAGGGGGAUAGCUGCCUGCUAGACUUCCCUAAGGGAGGGAGAAAGAGAGACAGACAGACAGAACACUGUCUGCUACUGCAUCCACUCCAGAGACUCAUUUCUUCUUAAGAGAGUGAAAAGCCGGAGUUGGAACUUGACGUGCAGAAUUUUAGGAAGAGCACAAUGGCUGAACCAGAUUAUAUCGAGGAUGAAGACAGCGCAGAACUCAUCAAACCCAAAAAACUGAUCAAUCCUGUGAAAACAUCAAAAAAUCACCAGGAUCUCCACAGAGAGCUGAUAAUAAACCAGAAAAGGGGCAUUGCUCCUCAAAACAAACCAGAGUUGCAACGAGUGAUGGAGCAGAGAAAGAGAGAUCAAGUCGUUAAACAGAAGAAAGAAGAAGAAGCUCUUAAAAAGUCAGACUUGGAGCAAGAGCUAAUGAAACGUCAACAGAGGCUAGACCAGAUUGAGCAGGAAAAACUGGAUGCUGAAGAGAAACGGGAGAACGCACCUGAGUUUGUCAAGAUGAAAGGUAACCUGAGGAGAACCAAACACGAGAGCGGAGACGUGCAAGUCUCUUAGAGAAGGCCACUGCGUGCAAAACUCUGGAGUUUGUAGAGUGGUUUCUGUUUCUUCAGGCACAAGAAAUCAGCACUGUGAUUACAGCUUAGCAACAAACUCAAGCAGCACAAGAGCUUUUUAGCAAGCGGCUCCCUUCGUCACAGCAUACUGUCCACUUUGUACUGAAAGGGCUCAUUUUGUGCAGGACAACUUCAGAGUGACGACCGACAGUGACCGGUGCAGGCUCUCCAACCGGAUUUGAUUUGAGUGGGAUUCUAGAGCAACAGCAGACUGUUUUCUUCAUUCUGGGAAUAUGAUCUGUUUUAAAAACAACUGUCACUAGAAGUAAAGGAUGAAACGUUCAUACCGAGUUCACUGUGGGCAAAUUAUCUGACCCGCUCAUUAGUAUCUAGAAUCAACCAAAUUUAUUGCAAGCACCGGACGACUGUUGAGAUUAAUGAGGUGACAGCGGUGAAAUUGGACUUUGUCAAUAACACAAAAUGGGCAAUAAUGAACCAGCUGAGUGAACCCACCCCCCACCCUACCUAAAGCCAGUGUGUUAAACCUACUGCCCAUUUGCUUUUGGCAGAUCUGUGAUGGCGCCAAAGUGAAAUUUCCCCCCUUUUAUUUGCGCUCUGCAGCACAUGGACACUCCUUUGUCCACUAAAAUAAAUGGGUUGUUGGCUCCAUUCAGGUAGUGGCCAGAUGAAUAUCAUGUGAAUGCAUGAAGAUCUGGUCUGUUAAUAUCAGCACUAGCAAUUUCUAAGCUAUGUUUACACAGCAAUGGGGGAGGGGUCGGCGGCGGGUGGGGGGGGUAGUUUUCCAGACACAGUAGUGAUUAACGAUGCCCAUCUUCCCUCGCGCGCACACUGCCUAGGGUCUUCCCUCUGUUAACCAGAACCGGUGCAUCCUUUCAAAAUUGGGGCCCAGUGAAUAAGUUUUUGACACUGUUUAUGAACCGAACAAUAUACAGCAAGAAUAAGUUCAGUGCGAUUUCUUUCCUCAUUGAAUAUCCUUGUAUAGUUCAUCAGAAACUGCUUUCCAGUUUUCAAAAUUUUGAUAAGAUUUAAAUUUUUUUUAUAUUAAGUUUGCAAUGUUGUGUCACAAAUUCUAUGAAAUUUGUAACGAUUGUAUACUGGUAAUUCAGUGCUUUAUAUUUUGUCAGGCUGCUGUGCAGGGUAAGCCAAGUUUUAUAAUUCUGAUCCCACCUUGUUUAUUCGCAUACCCCUGCAUUAGAACCGUGUACUCUGAUGCAGUAUGAAACUGCACUGGUGUUCUUAAAGUGAAAAUUAAAAGAGUGAUGUCA